CGCCGCGCCGGAGCCGCGACCGGGCCAGAGGAGGGGGAAGCUCCGGGACCCCCGAGGGGGAACAGAGACCCCCCCCGGGACCUUUGCGGACCCCCCCGAGGGGGUCCGGGACCUCCCGGGAGCUCCCGGGCGCCCUCAGAGCCCGCUCAGACACCCCGCGGGUUCCCGGAUGUCGGACUCGGGGCAGAGCCCCGCCCCCGUCGCGCGCAGGCGCUGCUGGAACCGCGAGAAGGAGCCGGAAGGAGGCGGGGCCGAGAGAAGGGAGGUGGGGGAGGAGCCCCCAGGGCUCCCCCAGAAGACCCCGAUCAUCCUGGCGAAGCCCCCUGGAGAACGGCAGGCUCCACCCACCCAGAAGGCAGGUCCACUGCAGGCCCCACCCCCUCCUGCGCCGGCCCCACCCAUCGUGCUGAUGAAGGCGAGGGGGGAGGAGGGGCGAGGCCUCCCUGGGGGUGGAGCUCCCCAGGGGGAGGGGCCAGCACAAGCCCCCCCCCCUGAGAGGGAGGGGCCUCGCCCCACCCAACCCAUGUACCAACUGCAUGGGAGGGGCCUCCCCCCGCCAGGGGCGCCAGACCCGGCCCAGGCCCAGGCCCGGCUGGCGGCGCCCGAGAAGAUGAAAACCAGUAUCAAACUGGUGGACGAGCAGAUGAACUGGUGCGACAGCGCCCUCGAGUUCCUCAUGGAGCAGACGGACGUGCUCGUGGUCGGGGCCCUGGGGCUGCAGGGGACGGGGAAGUCCACGGUGCUGUCACUGCUGGCCGGGAACCAGCCCGAGGAGGACCCGCGGUCGUUUGUGUUCCGACCACAGCCCCCCGAGCUGCGGGAACGGGGCGGGGCCCAGACCGGGGGCAUCGACCUGUUCGUCACCCAGGAGCGGGUGCUGUUCCUGGACACGCAGCCCAUCCUCAGCCCCGCCCACCUGGACCACCUGAUCAACAACGACCGGAAGUUGCCGCCGGAGUUCGCGCUGCCCCACGCCUACGUGGAGACACAGUCGCUGCAGAUCGCCGCCUUCCUGUUCACCGUGUGCCACGUGGUGCUGCUGGUGCAGGACUGGUUCACCGACCUGGGGCUCUACAGGUUCCUGCAGACGGCAGAGAUGGUGAAGCCCCCGACGCCCUCCCCGAGCCACGACUCGAGCGGGGCUGGGGCGGAGGAGCCCUCGGAGUAUUACCCACACCUGGUGUUUGUGCAGACUCGGGCCCCCCCCGACUGUUUCUCCCCCCGCCGCCUGGGGCAGAUGCAGCAGGUUCUGGGGCGACUCAUGGCCCACUCACGCCUCAAAUACCGGGGGUCCCUGUCGAUGCGGGAGCUGCUCCCGGGGGGUUUGGGGGCUCCCCCAGGCCCCCCCGAGGCCGAGGUGAACCUGUUCCUGCUCCCCCCUCUGGAGGACGAGGGCGACGACCCCCCCCUGCGGGCAGGUGGCGGGGGGGCUCUGUUCCCGGCCCUGCCGCCGUUCCGGGGCCGGGGGGGACUCGGGGGGCUCCUGGCCCGGCUCCGGGGGAGAGUCCUGGCGGCAGCGCGGUCCCAGUUAUCCCACAGCCUGCUCACCGAGCGCAACUGGUUUCACUACGCUGCACGGAUCUGGGACGGAGUGAAGAAAUCGUCGGCACUGGCCGAGUAUGGGCGGUUACUGGGCUGAACUGGGAUGGACUGGAAUGGACUGGGAGAGGGGGUCAGGGCAUCAAUAAAUCCCUCGGAGACCUCC